AUGGAAAAUAUAAAAGAGGAUACAAUACACCAAACAGCUUUGAAAUUAGCAGAAGAAAUUAAAAAUCUUUCCAUAUAUAAAUCUUUUUAUAGUGAUGUGCAAAAACUCGUAUCUUCGCCAAAUGUUAAAAAAGAUGAUUUUAAGCAAACUUUACAACAGGCGAUGAAGGAAAAAGGCUUAGACACGAAACUUAGAAAUACAGUUUUUCAUUGGAUUAGAACACAGAGCAAGCAAAGUAAAUUAGAUCCGUUAACAUCGUUAUCAAAAGCCAGCGCACAAUGGGAGAAGAGAAUACACAAAUCUUUAAAUUCAAUGUGUUCUGACUUAGAGACUUCCUUAGCUAAGAUAAGGUCACAAAGCGAGCAGGAAGAAUUAGCAGAGAAAUGGAAUGAACUUAGCACUUAUAGUCUAGAUUUAUCAAAAUAUAGACCUGUUUACGCACCAAAAGAUUUUUUAGAUGUUUUACUGACGUUAUCGGGAUACGUGCCAUUUACAAGAGAAAAUGAACCAAAAUGGGAAUUUGCACAUUUGCCUCUACAAGUGAAAAGUUUAGAUCAAUUGCGUAAAGUAUACCAUGAGUGGACCAACGGGGAGCCCUUACUAGGUGUUAACCCUAAUAUGCCGAGUACAGUACCAGGUUUCGCAACUCUCGAAGCAGAAAGAAUAGGUCUCGGCGAGAGAGUUGCAGGGUUGGGGUAUGCUCCUGUCAUACAGGAGUAUUUGAAGAAAGGUAGUCCUCAAUGCCUAAGGGCUAGAUUGUGGUCGCAAGUUUUGGGCGCUGAAGUCAAACAGCAGCAAAUAAUUUACUUCAAUCAACUUAAAAAGAACGUCCUGGAAGUGGAUUUAAUGAUAGACAAGCUCAUUUUCAAAGAUGUCCAGCUAACAGCUUCUAAUGAUGACCAAUAUUUUGUUUUUGAAGAUCUCUUGUAUCAGGUUAUGCUCUGUUUCUCACGUGAUGGUGAGGUGGCAAGAACGGUGGGUGCGAAUGCCCUUCGAGUAGCGGUGAAGGGCCGACACGCACAAGACUGCCUCACUGCCUUCCCGCCCAGCGGUGUCAUACCAUUCCAUGGGUUCACCAUGUACGCGACCCCAUUUUGCUAUUUAUAUGACGAUCCUGUUCAACUAUACUUCAUGUUUCGCGCCUUUUAUAUGCGUUACUGGCAUCGCUUACAUUACAUCUCAACACACCCCCAGGGUAUUGUAUCUCUUUGUCUUCUUUACGAGAGACUCCUUGAAGCAAAUGAACCUCUACUAUGGAUACACUUCAGAAACAUCAACAUUAAUCCUAUCAGAGUGGUAUUCAAAUGGUUAAUGCGAGCCUUUAGCGGUCAUCUUCCUCCAGAUCAACUGCUACUUCUAUGGGACGCUAUACUAGGAUACGAUUGUUUAGAAAUCCUUCCAUUAUUGGCGUUAGCUAUACUCAGUUUCAGAAAAGAAAACAUUUUCCAAGUAAACACGCUACAAAAUGUUGAUGCUGUUUUAGCAGAUUUAUCAACAAUAUCCGUUAUACCGUUAUUACAACUAGCUUUGAUGAAAUCGUAAACAAAAAAAAAAAUGGCUUAAAUUCGACGGAUAAAUAAAAAGGGGCUAUUUAUUUUGUGUUUGUUUUCACUCCCUAUCUAAGAACAUUUUUAAAUGUGCAACUCUUGUAACAUAUAAACGAAACAAUCGAAUCGUUUAAUAAAUAUUCGAAUGAUCACGUACUUAUAACGACGUGUAGAUUUAAA